AUGUCUACUGACGGAGAAUUUACAAGGAUUCAGAUUUUUGGUACCGUGUUUGAAAUUACCAACAGAUAUACUGACUUGAACCCAGUUGGAAUGGGAGCUUUUGGGUUGGUUUGUUCGGCGGUUGAUAAAUUGACUGGUCAAAACGUUGCCGUGAAAAAAAUAAUGAAACCAUUUCUGACCCCAGUUUUAGCUAAAAGAACAUAUAGAGAAUUAAAGUUAUUGAAACAUUUAAGACAUGAAAAUUUAAUUACUUUAGAUGAUAUAUUUUUAUCACCCUUAGAAGAUAUUUAUUUCGUCACAGAAUUGCAAGGAACAGAUUUACAUCGAUUAUUAACUUCAAGACCUUUAGAAAAGCAAUUCAUUCAAUAUUUUACUUAUCAAAUUUUAAGAGGAUUGAAAUACGUCCAUUCAGCUGGUGUUAUUCAUAGAGAUUUGAAACCUUCAAAUAUUUUGAUUAAUGAAAAUUGUGAUUUAAAAAUUUGUGAUUUUGGUUUAGCCAGAAUUCAAGACCCCCAAAUGACAGGUUAUGUUUCUACCAGAUAUUAUAGAGCUCCAGAAAUUAUGUUAACUUGGCAAAAAUAUGAUACUGAAGUAGAUUUAUGGUCUGUGGGAUGUAUUUUAGCUGAAAUGAUUGAGGGUAAACCUCUUUUCCCAGGAAAAGACCACGUCCAUCAAUUCUCAAUUAUCACAGAAUUAUUAGGUUCUCCACCUCCUGAUGUCAUUGAUACUAUCAGUUCAGAAAAUACUUUAAGAUUCGUUCAAUCAUUACCUCGUAGGGAUCCAAUUCCUUUCAAUGAAAGGUUUGCUCAUUGUACUCAUGUAGAACCUGAAGCUAUCGAUUUAUUAACCAAAAUGUUAGUUUUCGAUCCCAAGAAAAGAAUAAGUGCUGCUGAUGCUUUAGCCCAUCCUUACAUGGAACCAUAUCACGAUGCCACUGAUGAACCUGCCUGUGAAAGCAAAUUCGAUUGGAGUUUCAAUGACGCUGAUUUACCUGUUGAUACUUGGAGGGUAAUGAUGUAUAGUGAAAUCUUGGAUUUCCAUCAAAUCAGUGACAAUAAUGAUCAAUCUGUUGGUGUAGAAGAUGUUUCUGUUGGUCAACAACCUCAAAAAGUAGAAUAA